CCAAAAGAUCAUUGUACCAGUUGCAGAGUCCCAAAGACCUCAUGGGCAGGCAAUACAGAACCCAUUACUUGUAUGUCAGAACAUCCAAGUUUUUUUUUUUUUUUUUUUUUUUUUACAAAAAAAAACAUCCUGUACAAAUAUUUCUUUACUACGAUAAUGAAUGCGGCUUUGUCGUAAGAUAUGGUCAAAAUUACCCUGGAGUACACAGAUUGAUCCUAUCACCUUUGUGUCUUAAGUUCACAAAUUUUUGGCUUAUACUAUUUUGGUUCAUAUCUUAGUGUAGAAAGUCUAUGAUCAAAACAAUGAAGACCAGAACCAUACUCUACUCCAUAUAAACACAUUCUAGAAUAUUACUUCACAGCCUAGAUGAAACUUGUAAUGCUCAUAGCAUAUAUCUCACUGAAUUUAAACCUAUAAAGAUUGACGACCAAGAAACUCCACCAGUAAACAAGAAAACUACUAUCUGUAAAUUCUACUUGUUAACAUCACAGACUAUUCAAAUAUAAGCGCAAAGCAGACCAAUUCAACAGCUAGAACGAAACACAGCAGAGAUCUAAAUAAGAGAAGAUAGGGUUCGUCAACCGAUUUUCGUAAAGGAAGAUGAGAGAGAAAGAGAGGCGGAUAGAUUAGGAUAUAACCCGAUUGGGCUUGGGUGGGGCUGGGUUACCCGGUUUAGAACCCGAUUAGGUGGUAAAUAGUUUAAUUCAUAGUAAGGGCUUCUGUGUCUUUAGCCACCUUUUCGAUUUUAAGAGAAAAAAGUUAUACUCCAUUUGAUAACAUGGAUAAAUUGAAUUGUUAUGACUUAUGAGAGACUGUGAAAGUUAGAUUCAACGGAUUCAACUAAAGAUUAUAAAUGACAUAACUCUCUCUUUUCUCUCUUUUUCUUUUGCUAAACUCUCUCAACUUUCAUUUCUUUUUGAUCAAACCUCUCAACUUUCUCUUCUUCUCCCUCUCCUCUUCUCCUCUUCGGUUAGAGAAACAUAAGCAUGGAGAUCCGUUUUGUUGAACCUGUCCCUCAAUCCGAAGGUAUGUAUUAUGCUACAAACAACCCUUACCAGGUGAACGGACCAAGAGGCUUCACUGAGUUUAAGGUUUUGGACGGGACAGCGAAAUUGUUCGUGAGAAUUGAUUUUCCGGGAGUCAGGAACAAUAGUGUUAAGAUCCUACUCGAUCCAUCGCAGAAAGCUGUCUUUGUGUCCGGAGAGGCCCCACAAGAAAUGGUUUAUGAUGCUUCUCUCCGUGAGUUCGGAACUGCUACGGGCCUCUUGUGCGAUUGCUGCAGAAUCACAAACGUGGAGUCCGUUCUGGGAGAUGGUGUUCUAAGACUCAUCCUAUCCAAGGAAACGAUCGAUUUUCGUGUAGGGUCUUCUUGUUCCGGUAAUUUUUUAACUAUAAACCUUUUUUUUCUUAUGUUAUCUCGUUUAGUAAUUCUUUUUUUUUUGGGUACUAUCUCAGCCAGAGCAUAUACGUCCGUUAGAGCGUCAUCAUCCCUUUCUCGUUUAAUCCGUGGAUAUGAUCCAGAAGUCGCAGGUGGCCAUCCUUUAGCUCAUCUCCGUGGACAUGGCCCACAAGGUCACCGUGGCACUGACCCUCUAGAUCCGGCUUUCACGGGUCCCGACAUAGUACCGAACCCAUUAGUGCAGACGGGAUCAACUAGUGCAUACGAGUCAAAGCAGUUGUCAGACGGUGGCCUAUUUCUCCGUAUUGACAUGCCCGGUGUGCCCAACGACAAAUUCGCGGUGACGGUGGAAAACGGUUGUGUCACUGUCACCGGACGAGCACCUGCAGCGAUGGACGACUCGAGUGGGCGUGAGUACAGAGGCAAUGUCGCUGUCGUCCCUCGAGACUAUGACAGUCGCCGGAUCGAAGCAUUCGCUAAUGAGGGUGUCAUCCGCCUCAUCAUCCAUUCUAUCUAAAAGUUGCUAGCUCUUUAUCUUAUGGAGUUAUUAGUUAUGUAUAAUAACCAAACUUUCUAUGUUUUUGCUUUUGAAUUUAGGGGAAUUUCGUGGUGUCUUUUAGACUUCUUACAUGAGUAAGCUUUUGUUGUGUUUUAAUUUAGUCUCUCAGGUAAUCUAAACCGUAACGCUCU